UUGUAUAUUAUUGAUUUUGUUCCCUCUUUUCCAGCCUGCUUCAUUCUGUUUUUCUCUCCAGCUAGUCAGAAGGAGCGUAAUUAUUGGAUCGGUCUCGGUCUGGUGGCUCUUGUCUUUUUGCUGGGUGCCGUGGCGUUUCUCUGUAGACUCGAUCUGGUUCUGGCUUACAGGCGUUUGUGUCCGUCUGCUGCCGGAUGCAGUGAUGGAAAGUCAUAUGAUGCAUAUGUGAGUUAUCUCCAUGGUGAUCAACUCAGCUCAUCUUCCGCAAAGACCUUUGCCCAGCAUUUCCUUCCUGCAGUGCUUGAAGAUCUUUAUGGUUACAAACUGUUCAUCAGUGGUCGUGAUGAUCUUCCUGGGGAAGCGGUGCAUGAAGUGGUGGCUGACAGAAUGAGCCGAAGUCGAAGGCUGAUCAUUGUUCUUACAUCACAGAGCUGUGCGGCGUCUCAGACCGACACUACCAAGAAACCCCUCGUAUCAGAGUACGGCGUGCGACUGGAAGAAUCGUCCUCGGCUUACGAGCAGCGAGUGGGUCUCUAUGACGCUCUUGUGAAGCAGGGUCUGAAAGUCAUCCUGGUGCAGGUGGAGGACGGCGUUAAAGAGGCUCUGCUGCCCGAGUCUCUGCGGUACAUCUGCCGCACCAGAGGCAUCCUGAGAUGGAGGCAGAACGGCAGUGGUCAUGCAAACAGAAGGUUCUGGAAAUACAUGCGUUACCACAUGCCUCCAGCUCAGAAGUGCUAAACGCAGCGUGAUGAACUAGUGCAGCCGCACAGUUUGUGUUUACAACAGCCAGAACUUUCUGUUCUUUUUAUUUGUUAUUGUUUUUAUUUUUCCUUGAUUUGUUAUUAAUUAUAAUUAUUAUAUUAAUUUUUCUAGAAUUUUUAUAAAGAAAAUAGUGAACUUUUAUAAGUAAAUUUUGACUACAGUUAAUUUCAGAAAAGUUAUUGUUAAUUAUUUUUACAGAAAAUAAAAAACAAUGCAAUAAAAACAUUCACUGAUUUUUUUUUUUUUUUUUUUUUUCAUGUCAUAGCCUAAUCUAAUAUGGUGCAAAUUUAAAUAAUAAUAAUUUCUCAAAAAAAAAAAAAAAAAAUUAUGAAAAUUCUUUUUUUUAUUAUUUGGUGGAAGAAUAAUUUAUAGAAAUUUUUAUUAUAAUAGUGAAAAAUGUAACUAUUGCAUGUUAUGAAAGCAAUGUGAUAUUAGUUCAGUGUUUUUUUUUUACACUAAACAUCAUGUUAUUUAUUUAACACACAUACUUAUUUACAUUUCUAAUUUACACCUAACAUAUCUGUACAUAGUAAAUUGCCUAUUUGAAUUUAUUUUAAUUUGUAUAUUGUGUCUUUGCUAUUUUGCACAUUGUCUGUAUAUUUGUAUGUUGUUCUUUUUAUUAUCUGUGUCUUGUCUUGUCGCUGUCACUCUGGUGCACUGUGGAGCUUCUGUCACUAAAACUAAUUCCUAGUAUGUUUAAAUAUACCCGGCAAUAAAGCUCUUUCUCAUUCUCA